AUGAGAGACCAAGAUGAUCGAACUCGGGUUUUGUACCAGCUCUGUUCAAUGAUCAUCAACAUCCUCGGUUCACCUCCUCUUCCUAUCCCAUUCCCAUUCCCCACCUCCUUCGUCGGCGCCACCGUAGCUUCCUCUUCGUCGUCAUCAUCGGCCCCUUCGCCACAGCGACCACAUGUAUCUCCUACUGGAUUUGCUGCACUAUUUAUCUCGAUUUCCUUCGCGUUGAUGCUGUUUGGAUCCGCGAUUUUCGUUAUCGGGGUCAUGUUGAUGCCUUUGGUGAUUGCUUUGGUAAUGCUGUUCUACUUGGCCGGAAUCGUUUCCAAUUUGACUUACUUGGUCGCCGCCGUUCUCCGUCCAUCUACGAGGAUUGUUUCAGGUUUAGUUCGUUAUUGA